AUGGAUACAGCUGUAUUCACUCUCUUCCCGAACCUUCCCCCAGAGCUCCGCAACCAAAUAUGGCGAGAUGCUCUACCUGACAAAGUUAGGCAGGCUCUAUACUUCUAUAAACGGGGUUGUUGGCAGAGUCGACCCCUAACAGAAGAAGAUGACGAAUAUAACCAUGAUAACGACCAGCUUAACAUAUGUCACGAAUUCCGUCACGACCUAUUAGACCCUAUUGAAGUUGAGAUGCCACUCCUCUUUGUCAACUCUGAAGCCCGUGGCAUUGCUUUAGCCUGGGUGCAAGGGCAAAAUCUUCAGAUAGGCUUCUGCGAAGACGGACAAACCCCCAUUGUCAUACGCCCAUUUGACCCAGCCCAUGAUACACUAUAUAUUUCGCUCGAUGCUUGGGACAACUUCUCCAACGAGCCUUGGGAGGCAGUAGCCGAUAGCGUGUAUUAUAAUUGUGUCCCUCCAGCGUUUACACGCAUCGCCGUGCCCGAGCCAUUUUUCCAGUAUGAUAUCAGCCUAUCGGAUCUUUUUCACUUCUACUAUAACCUCAAAAAGGUUUUCAUCAUUCCCAAUGCACAGGCAAAUAUACAUUCUGAGAAGGAAGGUCUAAAGAUGCAGCGGAGGUGGGAGCUUCAGAGCACUCAGGGACCGAUGCUAUUCUGGAAUAACGACCGUGAGUGUUUUGAGUGGAAGGAUUGUGCAGACAUCAGCGACAACACCAUGAGUACGGUGAUAAAGAAGGCCUGCGAUGGGCUAGAUAAAGAGCUCAUGUUUUUCGAGAUGAAAAGCUUUCAGGUCCAGGCUGCCUUUGCCAUUAGAAAGUGA